CCUGCGAAAUAGUGGUCCCUAACAACAGACAAAGCGGUGUGGAAUCAAUACGAAGGAAUUCAACUAAAAUAAAACACAUUAUCCCAAUGCAGUGUCCAGACAGCCUCCCCAAGACGUAGAGAGUGGACAUGUCAGGAGGACGUGGCUCAGCGGACAUGGACGAUGCGCAGGACCUGCCUGAAUUGCCGACCAAGAAGGCCAGACAUGUGCUGGACGUUGGACUGGACCAAGAGCCAAGGGGAUUGGGUGAUGACCAGAUCCCCCCUACUCUCUUGGGCUCAGGAGAUCAGGACAAUUCAUACUCUACAUUGUCUAAUGCCCAGCUUGAUAGAGCAGUGGCCUGCAGAGUGCUCACCACCACAACAGCUUCUGACUAUAACUCCCACAUCUACCAAGGAAGCAGACCAGCAGUCACAUCCUACACCACCAGCCAGGGUGCCUUUCCUCCUCAGACCCAGCCCACAGUCUACACCGCCUUCCCCCAGGCAGGACAGACCCAGCCCACAGUCUACACCGCCUUCCCCCAGGCAGGACAGACCCAGGCCACAGUCUACACCGCCUUCCCCCAGGCAGGACAGACCCAGCCCACAGUCUACACCGCCUUCCCCCAAGCAGGACAGACCCAGGCCACUGUCUACACCGCCUUCCCCCAAGCAGGACAGACCUACGGCCUCCCACCAUUUGGUGCUAUGUGGCCAGGUAUUAAGUCAGAGACGAGGCUACCUGAUGCAGCGCCCUCUGUUGGCCAGCCUGGGUUUCUCAGCUUCAGAUCUGCAUAUACCUCAACCCAGCCAGGCCCAGACCAUGUGCACUGCUCAUACCCCAGCCAAGGCUCCAGUUUCACUACAUCCAGCGUGUUCACUAGCAUCCCCUCUACAACCGCUACGGUGGCUCACCAGGGGUUCAGCAGCUAUAACGUCAAUUCUCUGGGCCAGACCCAGUUACCUCAGUACACCGCCCCGCCCCUUAGCUACGUGCCCGCCGGGCUGCCCAAUGGCGAAGAGAAUGGAUCCAGUGUGGGUGUUGGCGGGUAUCCAGCCAUAAAGACGGAGGGCAGUGCCUCGGCUGGACUCACCAGCACUACAGAUGCGUGCCCAAGUGAGAACCUCCCGACCGGGGUUGCCCUGCCUACAGGUGUGGCCCUCCCCAUGGGGGCCCUGGACCAGGAUGAGGCGGGGAGGAGGAACCCUGCUGGGAAGGCCAAGGGGAAGGCCAAGAAAUCAGACAGCAACCAGCCUACUGACGCUGACCUGGAGCGAAUCUUUCUAUGGGAUCUGGAUGAAACCAUCAUCAUUUUCCACUCUCUGCUCACUGGGUCCUUCUCUCAGAAGUUUGGCAAGGACUCGGGCACUGUGCUGAACCUGGGUCUUCAGAUGGAGGAGCUGAUCUUUGAGCUUGCAGACACACAUCUCUUCUUCAAUGACCUGGAGGAGUGUGAUCAGGUCCAUGUUGAAGACGUAGCCUCUGACGACAACGGACAGGAUCUGAGCGCCUACAACUUCCUGGCGGAUGGCUUCAACGGCCCCAGUGGUGGAGGGGUCACCACUGGAGUCCAGGGUGGGGUGGAGUGGAUGAGGAAACUGGCCUUCCGUUACCGCCGCCUAAAGGAGAUCUAUAACAGACACAAAGGGAACGUAGGAGGCCUGCUGAGUCCCAUGAAGAGGGAGCUUCUCCUCCAGCUGCAGUCUGAGAUGGAGAAUAUGACAGACGCCUGGCUCAGCACGGCACUCAAAUCCUUGCUGCUCAUCCAGUCCAGGUCAGCACAGGGUAAGUGUAUGAAUGUCCUGGUGACGACCACCCAGCUCGUACCUGCUCUGGCCAAGGUGUUGCUCUACGGUCUGGGGGACGUCUUCCCCAUAGAGAACAUCUAUAGUGCCACCAAGAUCGGGAAAGAGAGCUGCUUUGAGCGCAUCGUGUCUCGCUUUGGGAAGAAUGUGACCUAUGUGGUGAUAGGAGACAGCCGUGAUGAGGAAUUGGCAGCCAAACAGCACAACAUGCCUUUCUGGCGCAUCACCACCCACGGGGACCUGGUGUCCCUCCAUCAAGCCCUGGAACUAGACUUCCUGUAGAGCGGAAGGAGUGGGGGUUAGACACAAAGGGAAACUUGGUCCACAGACACCAACCGACCAACAGACACAGACCAACCGACAGACACAGACCGACC